CUCUUAGAUGGGUUGAUCUUAGGUAAGACAUCAUAUCUUUUGGGUUUACUUGUUAUCGUUGAGUCUCGACCGGAGGCACUCGCUUAGGUAUAUACAAUGCUUACCUAAAUUGUGUGAUACUAUCUAAAUAUGCAUCUCAGUUGCAACAAUUUUUUUCCUCAUCUAAAAGCAUGUCCCGGAUAAUAUUUACAAUGUGAACAGAUAACAUCAUUGGCUAUAUGAUCUGGGAAUGGGAUUUUAUUGAAGGGCGGAAAGGAAGCAAGAUGGUCCAACCAAAAAUGAGGCCAGUACAAGUUGAAGCAAGAGUCGUCUCAACCAAAAAUGAGGUUGCGCGUCUCCUUGGAGAUAAUGCCUUGGCUAUUGAAGUAGUAUCUGGUGCUUGGUUGCAGUUGUUGCAGGAUAUUCGCCCAAAGGCGAAUAAGUUGCCGGUAGGACCACGCGUGGUGAGAAAUCUGAAUUUUCCAAGAUGGACUUACCAUGAAAAUUUACCAAUCACAAAGAACAAGAACCCGAACGCAACAGGAAAUUGCAUCACUUUCAAGUCAAAAAGCAGCGACUAUAUAGACAUGAAGAAAACAACCUAUAAAUAG